AUGGGUCUUCAGCGGCAUUAUUUCGCCCACAGAACUCUUCUUACCUCUCCCGGCCCUAGUGACAAGGAACUCCUCCCAAUACACACCGCUUUACGCCGCUCCGCCACGAACACCAACAACAACCUCUAUCUACCAGGAAUCCCGCGCAACUUGAAGACUACUACACGCGAACGAAGAAUUUCAGAAGAAGGGAUGGGUGAAGUCAAGGAUGGGGAGGGGAAGAGUCAAACUCUGGAGCAGGCAGCAGCGGAAGCUCUGCGAACGACGAACAAGAGAUGGAUAGUGCUGUUGCCGCAGACCAGCAGCGUCAGCGCUGCAACUUGUGAGCCAGUCUACUGUAACGACGGCAGCAGCCCGGCUCGGCUUCCCAUCGCCAGUGGAACGUAA